AUGACACUGAAACAAUGCCUGAACCAUUAUCAAAUUACUCUAUUUAUUAUAAGUAAUCUUCCGCAAGCAUUUAGUGUAAUUUUUGACACAGGUUCAUCAAACCUAUGGAUUCCUUCCAAACAGUGCCCAGUCGCAAAUGUUGCUUGCUUCGUGUAUAACAAAUAUGACAGCUCAAAGUCAUCCACAUACAUUAAAAACGGUACAAAGUGAACUAUUGAUUACUAAGCUGGCGGUGUUACUGGCUGUUUAUCUACUGACACAUUGGCCUUAGGAAAGUCCAUUUUCGUAGAGUAUCAAACGUUUACUGAAGCUAUGGUUGAAACAGGAUUAGCAUUUGCUGUCGCAAAAUUUGAAGGUUCAUCGUAUUUAUGGAUUCCUUCCAAACAGUGCUUAGUCAUAAAUAUUGCAUGUUAAAUGCGUAACAAAUAUGACAGCAGAAUAUCAUCCACGGC